AUGAGAAAAGCUAGAUACUUAGCCUUACUUUUAAUAAGCUUGACUAUUGCUUCUGCAAAUUUGAUCAAAAUUAGACUCAAAAAUAAAAUUAUCUUCAAUCAAUAAAACAUAAGAGAUGAGGAUAUGCAUGAUUAAGGUUUUAUAGAUAAACUAUUUAACCAUAAUUAAUAACUAUACUCUGGUGAAAUUAAAGUUGGUUUAUCCUAAUAAAAAUUUUAAGUUGAUUUUGAUACAGGAUCUAGUUUAUUGUGGUUAACAAGCAAAGAGUGUAAAUCGUGCUUGAGAGAUGGAUUUAAAAACUCAUAUCAAUGCAAAUAAGAUGACGGAUGUAUUUAAACAGGUAUUCCUGCUUCUAUUGGCUACGAGGAUGGAUCUAGUGUGAAAGGUUAUAUAGCAAACGUACCUAUAAGUAUCUCAAAUUUAUAGCCUAUUACAAAUUCUGUUCUAAUUGUAGAGCAAUCUUUCAAAAAUAAAGAUUUAGAAACAGAUGGAUUAAUGGGGCUAGGAGUUUAUGAUUAAUAUAAUUCUAAGAAUAUCCCUUACGUUGAGUCUCUAUUCAGAUAAGGAAUCAUUUAAAAAAGCUAAUUUAGUUUUUAUCUAGGUUUUGGAGAAAAUGAGUCAGAACUAGUCAUUGGAGGUUAUGACUCAAAUAAAAUGUAAGAUGAAAAUAAGAUUUAUUACCACCCUAUUCUAUUAAAUGAAGAAUAGAACAAUGAUUAAGAUUGGAGCAUGCUUAUAAGCUCUAUUUCUUUUGAUGAGAUUUAGAUUCCUAUUACGAGCAAAAACAUAGCUAUUGUAGACUCUGGAACUUCUACUAUUUGUAUAAGAAAAGAUAUCUACUAAAUUUGGAUAAAGCACUUAAAAGAAAAUUAUGAUGUAAAAUAAAAACUUUCAUUGUAUGGAUCUUACUACACUGUAAAGUGUAGUAGAGCUUUACCUGAUUUGAAUUUUGUUCUUCCUGAUAAAGAAGGAAUUUAAAGGGUUUAUUCUGUUCCCUCAUCUUUUUAUGUUUUUAAAUAAAGUAAUAAAUGCUAUUUGGGCGUUGAAAGUCAAUCUAUUGAUGACGAUGUUUAAUUUAUUUUAGGAGAUGUUUUUAUGAGAAGAUUUGUCUCCAUUUAUGAUUACAGUAGCUUGUCAAUAGGAUUGACAUAAUCUAUUUCUGAUCCUAUUAACUAUAAUUAGCAAAAUUAUGAUAGUUAAUUGUAAAUUAUAUGUAUAAGCAUAAUUUUUCUAUAUUUGAUGUUAAUAUCAAAAAACAAAAUUAAACUAUGA